GGUGGUGGUAGCGGCGGCGACGGAUGAUGCUGCUGCUGCUGCUCCUACCUCUGCUGCUACUGCUGCGUUGAGGAGGAGCGCCGAUGGGAGCAAGACACUACUAACUGCUGCAUCUGCACCUACAGCAUCAUCGUCAUCACUAGCAGCAGCAGCAUCAACAGCAGUAGCAGCAGAAGCAAACAGCAAGCCACAGCAGCAGCAGCAGCAGCCAAGAGAAAGAGGUGGAGCAUUCCUGCAUCACGUCUCGCUCCCCUCCGUCACCGCAUGGGGAGGAGGGAUUGGGCUGGCGGUUCGCGGCGCACGAGGUUGGAGGAUCUGGAGGAGGAGGUGGUGGUGGUGGUGGCGGUGGUGGCAGAAGAGGAGGAGGAAGAUUCGGCUUCACGGAUCUGCGAUGCGUGUCCUUGUCGGCUGAGCCGUGCCGCUGGGCCGCUUUCUCGGCCGCUUCGCAGCAGAUGACAAUGCGUCUGUGUGCACUGCUGCUGCUGCCACUGCUCGUGAUCAUGGGGUCCCCGCUGGCGAGACGAGCGGCCAAGAGCGCGCCUAACCGGACCUACAAGACGGCUCGACCCCUGCCCGCGCCACCAUCACCAUCAUCAUCGUCCUCGUCAUCAUUACCAUCGUCGUCGUCGUCAUCAUCAUCAUUGUCGUCGGGAGCGGCGUCGUCAUUGGCAUCGUCUAAAUCGUCGUCGGCUUCAUCGUCGGCAGAUUCAUCGGCGCCGUUAUCGUCCUCGUUAAUAUCGUCGUCAUCGUCGUCUUCAUCGUCCGCAAGCGGAAGGAACUACUGCCUCGGCUACUUCGACGUGAUGGGCCUCUGGGACCCGCCGUUCAGCUGCAACUCGACCGAGUAUCGCUUCUGCUGCGGCACCUGUAGCAUGCGCUACUGCUGCAACGUCUUCGGCUCGCAGCUGAACCAGUCGGUGUGCCACAACUACAAGACGCCCAAUUGGGCGUCGCCCACCGCCAACCAGAUGCCCACCGUGGACCCCGAUUCCAAGUACGACCCCGCCAUGGACCGCACCAAUCUCGUGGUCUACGUCGUGUUCGGAGUCAUCGCCCUGGCGCUGCUGUCCGCGGUGCUGGCCAAAGUGGUGCUCAGGAGAGUGACACGCGCCGCCAGGGAUAUUAUAAUGCCCAAGGCUCUCUCGGGCAUCCUGCGACACCAGCCCAGGCGGUGCAGGGACGAGGAGUUCAGGGGUCACCCCAUGCACGCGACGCCGCAGUCACGGGAAGACUCCACGGCGCGGUCCAUCAAGAACCACUCCGAGAAACCGCGCGUCAAUAACAUCCACAUGACGAUGGCGCUGAUGACUCCGCUGGCUCCGUCUGAGUCUCACCAGCACCUCGCGCCGUCUUUCACGGCCGCCAAGUCAGAGCUGGCGCGCUUCAACUCGCUCAAGAGGCUCGCCGACAAGGAGCUGAGCGAGUACUACGCCAAGAAGCACCACCUGGUGGAGAUGGCCUCGUGCGGCACGCUGCCACUGCGCGUGCCGCACCCCGACCGGCAGCAACGCGGCGGCGGCGGCGGCGCCGGCGAGCAGCAGCAAUGGGAGCAGCGCGAGCGCGAGCACUGGGAGCAGUGGGACUACCGCAAGCAGCGGCCGCCGUCGUCGGCGGCGGCGGCGGCGGCGGCGCACGUGCGCACCUACGGCUCGACGCCGACACUGGCCGACGUCGCGCUCGCGCCGUACGUCGGCGUCGGCGGCCUCGAGGCCAACGGGCAGGCCGACGGCUACCCGGGCAAGCAGCGGCUCCUUCACGACUUCCUGCAGAGGGACCCGCGGGGUUUCUCCACGCAGCCGCGCCACCAGCACCACCACUACCACCACUACGGCACGUGGCGCACCGGCUCCGAGAAGGGCUUCAAGUACCACACGGACAUAUACGGCUCGACGCCCACUCUCAACAAGGAGCCACGGCAGAUGACGCAGCGGCUGCCGCACUACCCCACGCAGGACUCGCUCGACCGGCACCACGUGGGGGGCCGCCGCACGCCGCGCGACUUUCCCGGCACGCCCGGCGGCGCUCGCCGCUCGGGGGCCGGCGGCGGCGGCGGCGGGCUGCCGCGGCCCGACGCCCGCUACGGCACGGCCUCCCGCUCCGGCAUGCCGCAGACGCCGGACAGCUACGGCGGCUCGACGCCGGGACUCGGCCGCAAGCGCCUGUCCCGCCGCUCGCUCCACCGCAGCGACCACCACCUGCUCGCCGGCGACUCGUCGGAGGACUACGAGUACCCGCCGGCGCUGCCAUCGCAGGGGGCGCGCCGCGGCUACUGCCACCGGCGGCGCUCGCCGGACGAGCGCGACGGCAUCGGCACGCCGCCGGCGCUGCCCGCCGCGGCUUCCGCCGCGCUCCGUCAUCUCGUCGGGGUCGUCCUCGGCCGCUGGGGGGAACAGCGCGACGCCGGACCGGGCGGCGGGGCGGGUGCGGCGCGGCGACCGGGACGACACGGCGACGCUGCCCUACACGCCGCGCUCCACGCCGACCGCCCACCGGCUGGCGCGCCGGCAGAGCCUCGGGGGCGGCGUCGGCGACGCGCCGGGCCUGCCGCCGCCGCGGGCGCCGCCGCCGCCGCAGGCCGAGACGCUGCGGACUUGGAACAUGGCGAGCUCGACGGCCAAGCGGCAGGCAUUCGCCGGGCGCCGCCACCUGACGCUGGAGCAGCUGAACUACGCGGCGGCGCAGCAGAAGCUGCAGCAGCAGCAGCAGCAGUGGCAGACGCCGCCGCACGCGGGCACCAAGAGCCGCAACGAGGUCACCGUGUGACCUCGCCGGAUCGCGACCAUUUUUACUCUGGCUUGCCGUGGCCGGGACAGGUCGUUUUCUUUUGUACGGAGUUUUUUCUCUCCCAACGCUGACAGGGUUCCUCCGUCGCAACGCCGCCAGCGUCCGGCCGCGAGGCGGCCACGGCCACAGCCCCGUCCCUAAAUCUGCGCGGAUUCUCCCGAGUCCCGGGACCGCGACCGGGGUGGCCGUCGCCCCGACCCAGGGGAGCCUCCGACGUGAAGGGGCAGGGAGGUGGGGGGCGAAGCGACGUAGGCGUCGACGUCUGCGGAACGACUUUAUUUUGUCUUUCGUCUUUCCUAUACCCACAGACCGACCGGCGUACUGAAUGCAUGAGAUUACUCCGCCAUCGAUUCCUUCAGAAGUGGACGCUCGGACUUUCAGGUUGCGGCGCGUUCACGGGGGAACGCGCACUUUUGGGUUUUUCCUUUUUUCCUUUCCUUCCCCCGACCGUCGCGGGCGCUUGCCUACGCGUUUUACAUUUCGGGGCUCGCCGCUAAUGGUACGGACGUAUCCCGUUAGUUACCGGGAGGAGGGGGGGUAUGACGAUGAGCGGCACUCCCCGUAUCCCCCCCCCCCCCCGCCCCGUGGUAAACUCGAAAUAAUUUUAACAAACAAAAAAAUGAGCGCGCCACGCCUGGUUUACUUUGGGAGAGGAUGUCUCAAACAACUUCCAUAGAGGCCGCGCCGAUGAAGGAAUCUUUAACGAAACUUCAGGGCCACAAAAAAACAUAAACGGCGCUGGCCUGGACGGUUCGACAAUGCGGUCGGUUCAGGCGGUGGCGGCCGAUCUGUGGAUCGUCGCUGGACUAUCAUCAUUAUUAUUAUUACGCAUUGCGAGCGAGCGAGAGAGAGGGAGGGAGGGCAAGCAAAUGACCAGUCUACAAACUGCCUUCAGAGUUCAAAGUUUGGGGCGCUGACCCGUGCCUGAACGCGUGCGCAAUUCAAUCUUGAAUAUGGCGAAACGGAAUGCCAAGCCCAGUGGAGGGGGGGGGGGGGG